CAGUGAAGGCACCCGGCUGUCAACACUCACGAGCUACAACACACACAACCCCCCUCAAACACACACACGCACACGCACACACUCACACACACGUCUGCGUCAUGCGUCCUGAGAGCGACGGCACCAACACGGUAACUCCGAUGGACCCCGGAAAAACGCACAGCGACAGCAGUCUGAGGGGCUGACUGUGUCCUGUUAAUCUGUCCAGCUGCGAGUCCCCACUGCCCUGAGAAAGUUACACUCUGAGUGCGGUCGCAUAAUGGAUUUUAUAACAACAAGCAGCAACGACAGCAACGCCACCAGCAGUUACCCACACCGGGAAGACGUGGUUGCCGACUGGGACGGGGGUGAGAAUGGCACCGGGUCUGGGUCUCCGGCAGAAAUGAAGCUAAGUUACCAGAUUAUCACUUCUCUGCUCCUGGGGGCCCUCAUCCUCUGCUCCAUAUUUGGCAAUGCGUGCGUCGUGGCAGCAAUUGCCCUGGAGAGAUCUCUCCAGAAUGUGGCUAACUAUCUGAUCGGAUCACUGGCCGUCACAGACCUCAUGGUAUCGGUGCUGGUUCUACCAAUGGCGGCCCUCUACCAGGUUUUGAGCAAGUGGACACUGGGGCAGGAAAUAUGUGACUUAUUCAUCUCUCUGGAUGUACUAUGUUGCACCUCAUCCAUCCUGCAUCUGUGCGCAAUUGCCUUGGACAGGUACUGGGCCAUAACAGAUCCAAUUGACUAUGUAAAUAAACGGACACCGAGGCGAGCUGCGAUCUUGAUAAGUGUGACUUGGCUCAUUGGUUUCUCAAUCUCUAUCCCGCCUAUGUUAGGCUGGAGACGCGCCAAAGACAGAGCGAACCCAGACGCCUGCAGCAUCAGCCAGGAUCCGGGCUACACAAUCUACUCCACAUUUGGGGCUUUUUACAUCCCUCUUAUUCUCAUGUUGGUCCUGUACGGGCGAAUAUUCAAGGCUGCUCGGUUUCAGUUUCGAAAGACUGUAAAGAAAGUCAAGAAAGUCGAAAAAGCAAAAGUGUCAGACAAGUUUUUGGCUGUCUCUCCGGCCAUCUUCCACAAGAAAACUAACGGGGAAGCCGGGGUCAAAGGCUCUCCGUGCGUAAACGGGGCCGUGAAGCACGGAGAGGAAGGAGAGUCACUUGAGAUCAUUGAAGUUAUGAGCAGCUCAAAAACGCACCUGCCUCUGCCCAACACCCCCCAGUCCACGCAUGGCUACGAAAACAUGAAUGAUAGGAACUCGGGGGCGAAAAGAAAGAUCGCGCUGGCCAGGGAACGUAAAACAGUCAAAACACUGGGGAUCAUCAUGGGGACUUUCAUCUUCUGCUGGCUGCCCUUCUUCAUCGUUGCUCUCGUGCUGCCUUUCUGUGCAGAGAGCUGCUACAUGCCGGACUGGCUGUUCGCAGUCAUAAACUGGCUGGGCUACUCCAACUCUCUCCUCAACCCCAUCAUAUAUGCCUACUUCAACAAAGACUUCCAAAGUGCUUUCAAGAAGAUCAUAAGAUGCAAAUUCCACAGAGCGUAACAACACAGUAAAAACAUUUGACUUUGAUGUGGAGUAAAUUAACUGACAGCAGGAAAUGUUUAGUGACCGUAUGGAAGAAAAAUAAGCCUACAGACUUUAAUUCAGGGACCGUCUUCAUUCGGUGUGUGUUCGAGGACCGUGUAAAAAAGAACCCAGGUGCAUUGGCCGCUGAUGAAUUGAGACAUUGCAGGAACGUUCGCUCUUAAUGUACAUGCUCAUGUUUAUUCAGUGUUGUAGAUACAGUAUUUAACCAAUGUCUGACUCUAGCCAUCGUUGUAUUGCCAUCAUGCAACACGUGUCAUGUGUUGAUGCCAUGCAUAUAAUUAUGAGACACGCGGGGCUUACAUCCUACGUCACGGACUUUGUAGCACUGAAACAAUAAAAGCAAUCAAGGUUUGGCAUUAA